AUGUUGAGAGGUGAAGGAAGCAAGGUAGCUCUUGGAAAGAAGGAAGCAAGGAAAAUGCUAGAGGGAAUGAGCAAAGAGGAUGUGGAGGAGAUUGAGAGGUUAAGGGAAGAGAGAAAUUCUAAGAGAAGGAAUGAUCCCAUCAGCAGUGAGAGCGAAUUGGGAGAAUUCGAGAUUGGGAUAAGAGAGGAGAGUGAUGACUCUCAAAGUGAAGAGGGUGAAGAGGUUAGUCAAGAGAUUGAUGGGAGUGAACAUGAGAGCAAUGAGCAUGUUCCAAUGGAGGAAGUUGAGCCACAAGAAGAGGAGGAUGAGCUCCCCAUGUACCAAGAGCACUACAAUGCUCUCUUCUCCAUGGACUUUGUGGAAACAAAAUACCCACAUGAUGACACAUUGAGGGCUCUUGGAAUCUUUGAGAAUGUGGAGUUAGUCCUUAAGAACAUGCGCUUGGCCAAAUUCUUCUCUCAUCGUAUGGAGUCAUACAAGGAGCUCACUUGUGAAUUCCUAGCAUCGAUGAGGUACCACAAGUAUGAUGAGCUCGAUCGAGCUGAGUUGGACCAAGGUUGGGGAUGGUGA